UGGAGAUAAAAGAGACUUUAAUGAUCAAUCAAUCAAUAUUGUUUCAUGGAACAAGGCCCAAUGGAAACUAUUACUUGUAUUAUGGAUGUGAGCAUUUGGUGCGGCUUUGUAACUAAUGUUGGGAACUGACAUAUGGCUCUAGCAAUUGAUAAGAUAAUACUCUGGAAUAUAUUACUGCAUAUAAUUCCCAAUUAUUUAAUUUUCAUCACUAUGAAACUCCUCAUACUGUUUUCUCUUUUGGGAUAUAGUGCAUCUAUCCCAAAGGAUGAUAGGAUUGUUGGAGGCUACACUUGUCCCAUGAACUCUGUCCCUUACCAAGUGUCUCUGAAUGCUUAUGGGCAGCAUUUCUGUGGAGGAUCAUUAAUCAAUAGCCGUUGGGUCGUGUCAGCAGCACAUUGCUAUGGGGGGCAUAUUCAAGUCAGGCUUGGAGAGCAUAAUAUUGAGGUUCUGGAAGGAACAGAACAAUUUAUUGAUGCAGACAAGGUUAUCCUUCACCCUGAAUAUAACCCUUCAAACAUUGACAAUGACAUUAUGUUAAUACGACUUGCCACACCAGCCACAUUGAAUGAGUAUGUUCAGCCUAUUAGCCUGCCGACCCGCUGUGACCCUGCAGGAACACAAUGCCUUUUGUCUGGCUGGGGAAACACUCAGAGCAAUGGCGUCCAUUUUCCAGAUGUUCUGCAGUGUUUGGAUGCCCCUAUUCUAUCUAACCAGGAGUGCAGCAAUGCGUACCCAAAGCGAAUCACAGACAACAUGACCUGUAUGGGGUAUUUAGAGGGAGAGAAAGAUUCCUGCCAGGUUGACUCUGGUGGUCCCGCUGUAUGUAACGGAGAAUUGCAGGGGGUGAUUUCAUGGGGUACUGGCUGCGCCCUCCCUGGGCUUCCAGGAGUUUAUGCAAAAGUUUGCAACUACAUCUCAUGGAUUGAAGAAACCAUGGCCAAGUACUGACUGAAUGGGCUCUGACCUGAAAAACUAAUAAAACAACAAACAGCC